AUGGCUCACUUAACCAAUGUCAAUGGAGAGCUCCCCAGCGCUGAACUCUGGGUGUCCCAUAACAAGAUGGUCAUGGAGCCGCUUGAUACCAGUGACCCGGAGGUGUACGACCUCAUCAAGAAAGAGAAGCGGCGCCAGAGGCUUGGGUUGGAGCUGAUUGCGUCCGAGAACUUUGCAAGCCGAGCGGUUCUGGAGGCCCUGGGCUCCUGCAUGAACAAUAAAUACUCGGAGGGGUACCCGGGACAGAGGUACUAUGGCGGGACGGAGUUUGUGGAUGAGCUGGAGAUCCUCUGCCAGAAGAGAGCUCUGGAGGCUUAUGGGCUGGACCCACAGAAAUGGGGGGUCAAUGUCCAGCCAUACUCAGGCUCCCCCGCUAACUUUGCGGUAUACACGGCCCUGGUGGAGCCCCAUGGCAGGAUCAUGGGUCUGGACUUGCCUGACGGGGGGCACCUGACACACGGCUUCAUGACGGACAAGAAGAAAAUCUCAGCUACCUCAAUCUUCUUUGAAUCCAUGCCCUACAAGGUCAAUCCCAACACUGGCUAUAUCGACUACGACCGGCUGGAGGAGAACGCCCGCUUAUUCCACCCAAAGUUGAUCAUAGCAGGCGUCAGCUGUUACUCGCGUAACCUGGACUACGCCCGCAUGCGGAAGAUCGCGGACGAGAACGGGGCUUACCUCCUGGCCGACAUGGCCCACAUCAGCGGCUUGGUGGCAGCCGGCGUGGUGCCGUCGCCGUUUGAACACUGUGACGUUGUGUCGACCACGACGCACAAGACGCUGAGAGGCUGCCGGGCCGGCAUGAUCUUCUAUCGGAAAGGAGCUCGCAGCAUGGAUCCCAAGACUGGCAAGGAAAUUCCAUACAACCUGGAAAGCCUCAUCAACCAGGCUGUCUUCCCAGGGCUUCAGGGAGGGCCUCACAACCAUGCCAUUGCCGGAAUCGCUGUCACUUUGAAGCAAGCCAUGACCCCGGAAUUCAAGGCCUAUCAAUGGCAGGUUGUCGCAAACUGCAAGGCACUGUCUGCAACUAUGAUCACACUGGGCUACCAUGUCGUCACUGGGGGCUCGGACAACCACUUGAUCCUCGUGGACCUGCGCAACAGAGGGACGGAUGGCGGGAGAGCCGAGCGGGUGCUGGAAGUCUGUUCCAUUGCCUGUAACAAGAACACCUGUCCUGGUGACAAGAGUGCCUUGCGCCCAAGCGGCCUGAGGCUUGGGACACCAGCUUUGACCUCCAGGGGAUUCCGGGAAGAGGACUUCCAAAAAGUAGCUCAUUUUAUCCACAAAGGGAUAGAGCUGACGCUGAGGAUUCAGAACGACAUGAGCCCCAAAGCGACGCUGAAGGAAUUCAAGGAGAGGCUGGUGAGCGAUGAGAAGUACCAGGCGGCUCUCAAGUCUCUCAAAGAGGAGGUGGAGACCUUUGCUGUUGCCUUCCCGCUCCCUGGCCUGCCUGUCCUUUAA